UUCGUCACAUCGCGCGCAGUGUUGGCAGUGCCUGAAGUGCAUCUAAUUGGAUGAUAUUAAUCGAACUACUUCUACGCACUCAAGAUUCUUUUAUUACGCGCCGUACGCUAGCCUCUACGCUGGCAAAAGUGGAAACCUUCGCCGCCGUUUCCAGGUGGAGGCUGCAGCGCUACAAGUGUGUACUCCGCGUCGUCAUCAAACGACAGCUUCGACUUUGUCGACGUUUGGACCAAGAUAUAAAAUAUGUCCUUAUUUUCAACUGCAAUUCGACGAGCGCGGAAAGGCCCGUAGGCUGCGCGCACUUCGUCAUGCUGCCGCGUCUGCAGCGGACUGGUCGAGCUGGCGCUUUCGAAUAGCGCGUGCCACGCUUCUGCCAUGAGCCGGUGAAGACAACUAAUGACGUUCCAUGUUGACUCUUGCACGGGACGCACGUUUAUUUGCCCACUAAUUUCGGUUUAGGUGCUCUGCGGUAGUACGCCAUGUCAGGUUGGAAAGCGCAAGACGCCAAGGAGCCGGCGUCAGCAGUGAGCAUGAACCCGGACCAGCUGUCGCACGCCCUGGGUGAUGCUCUGGCGAAAGUAUUUGGGCACAAAGCUUAUCGCAGCGGACUGCAGAAGAAGGCGAUCGAGGCGGUGGCGCAGUGCGGCCAGGAUGUUUUCGUGUCCAUGCCGACCGGAGCAGGAAAAUCGCUCUGCUUCCAGCUUCCCGCCGUGGUGACGCCGAAGGACAGCGUUACCGUGGUGGUGUCGCCGCUAAUUGCGCUCAUGACAGAUCAGCUGCAUAAGCUCAAGUCUUUGAACGUCCGUGCCGAGACCAUCAACUCGACCAUGAGCUCCCUCGAGCGGCAGCGGGUCAGGCGAGACCUGACCAGCAUGAGCCCGGAGACCCGUCUUCUCUACGUGACGCCAGAGCAGGUGGCCAGCGAAAAGUUCCAAGCUGUCCUCAGUGCACUUUACAAGAUCGGCAAGCUGGCUCGCUUUGUCGUGGACGAGGCGCAUUGCGUGUCCGAGUGGGGUCACGAUUUCAGGCCGGAUUACCUGAAACUCGGCAAAGUACGCGACAUGUUUCCUGACAUCCCUAUGGUUGCCCUCACUGCUACGGCUUCUGCCAAAGUUUUCGACGAUAUUCUGGUGCAGCUCAGGCUCAGACAGCCCGUGGCAAUUUUCAAGACUUCUAGCUUCCGAGCUAACCUUUACUACGAUGUCGAGUUCAAGGAGGCGCUUGAUGAGCCUUUUGAGAACUUGAAAAGCUUUUCAAUUCGUGCCCUUGGUGAGGGUUGGGAGGACGAGGACCCAAAGAGGCGGGGAAGUGGCAUAGUGUACUGUAGAACUCGAGAUGCUUGUGAGGAAGUCAGCAUGAAGCUCACGUCCCUUGGCCUGCUCACAAAACCAUAUCAUGGAGGUAUGAAGGCAGCAGAAAGAAAAGAGAACCAGGAUGAAUGGACCAAAGGACAAGUGCCAGUAAUUGCUGCAACAGUUAGCUUUGGAAUGGGUGUUGACCGUGCCAUGGUAAGGUUUGUAGCACACUGGUCAGUUCCUCAGUCUAUUCCAGCUUAUUACCAGGAAUCUGGCAGGGCUGGACGUGACGGAAGACCAUCAUACUGUCGAAUUUAUUACUCAAGGAAAGACAGAAAGUCUAUUACCUACCUACUGAAACGAGAUGAACAGGGGGCAAAGACAAAAAGGGCAAAAACUGUAGCAGAGAUGGCCACCAAAGCAUUUGAGAAGAUGGCCGGAUACUGUGAAGGAAUGACAUGUCGCCACACAGUGCUUUGCAGGGAAUUUGGAGAUGACCUGAAAGGCUGUGGAAAAAACUGUGAUGCUUGCAUGAAGCCAAAACAGCUAGAAGCUAGGCUUUCAUCGUUCCGGGCGACUAUGUUGACUGGAACAAUUCAGAAGGAAAGCACCAAUGGUUUUGAUAAUGAACUUUAUGGUGGUGGAAGGAUUGGUCAGAAAAUGGACAGUGAAUCUUAUGGUGGAGACAGUGGAAGUGACGAUGAAAGCAGUGACAAAGCAGCAGCUGCUGCUCUUUCACGGGUAAUUCAGGAUGAAUUUGAAAAACGCCGUGGAGCGAAAUCGGAGCAGCUAAAGAAGAGAACUAUACCCAAGAACUGCUCUGUUCUAGAGCCCAAAUGCUCAGCCAUCAAAGAAGUUUCUGUUGAGAUGCGACAAGAUUACCUCACAAAGUUGAAAGCAGAGAUGGAGAUGAAUUUUGCUGCAUAUGAGACCUUCAACGAUGAGCCACAGCUGACCCCGCGAGAGAUUAGAAACUGCGCUGCUGAACAUGAACUCCUCAUAUUCAAAACAAAGAAAAAUGUGCACUUGUAUAGGAAAGAGAUGGUAGGUCUGUUUGUAGCACUCAGAGAAGCUACCCGAGCAGUGAAGCUUCACGAGCUGCUUUUGAAAUGUCGCGAGCCUAAGGAUUCAACCAAAGAAAAGGGAAAGCCACCCGAGAGGUUGCACACCUUAUUUGACUUUUUUUCAUCUGCUGAAAAUGACGAGUCUUUACUACCUGAGCAGAGCAAGCAAAACAGUGCUGCUGAUACUUCUAACAAGUCGAUGCAGGACAUUGAUCAGGCUGCCGUCGAUGACUUGAAAUCUGUGGACAUGGAAUGCUCGAACGAUUCCUCGCUCAGUGAAAGCAGUGGUGCCCGUGCGUCAAAGCUGGCCGAGCAGUUGCAAGAGGAUUCACCGGUCAGUAAAGGAUCUGGUUGUGCCACUUCACUAACACCAACCCCUCCCAACACAAGUUCUAGCCCAAAGCAUCAGGAUACCGAGACGGAAGCCUCAAGGAUCCGGUAUUUCUUCGAGCGCUCCCCCGUGAAAAAAAAAAAGAAACUAGACUUUGGUAAUUCGGAUAUGGAGACUUCUUCUCGCAAGAGGACAAAGACAGAGGCCAUGCAGGAGAAGCUGGAAUUGCAUGAGACGUCUCGGCACUCCGAUGUUGCUAGGGAGUCAAAGCAUCGUAGUGAGAAACACAGUGAAAGGGGCGACGGAUCGAGCCUGGUGAAGUCAAAAGACUCUAGUCCAAAAAAGCAAAACAUCAAAGAAGAACUAAACCAAGCUGCACGAAAUAUCAACAGGUGCCUCUACCCAAAGUACAAAGACAACAGGCUCUCGAAGGAGCUGUUCAAGAAGAUAUGCAAGCUGCUCUCGCACAAGUUAGUUGCUGAACAGACACUGAGCAAGAGGGCUGCUGCAAAAGCAGUUGACAAGCUGUUUGAAGGCAAAGAUGUUGUCACGGAAAGCGACUUGGACGAGCUGGGCCUCUAAGGACAGUGCCCAAAAGUGCAGCGUUGUGCUCCAUUCUGGCUCCCUGCCCAAACCGAUGGACAGACUGAUGUAAUGGCUCUUGCCAAGACUGCAAUUUUCUUAAAGACCAGAUUAACGUUAUGCAAGAUCUGUUUUUGACAAGGUUAUUAUUAUCAUUCGCUUGUUGUGGAGAAAGCUUUUUUUUUUUUUCUUGUCAUUAUACAAAUGCGCAUUGAUCACUCACUAUAAAAUAGGCUUGAUGUUGUAUAGUUACCCAUAGUUCCUUGAAGCUAAAACUAUAUUAUGGCAUUAAAGGGGUGUUAAUGUAUAAUUAGAAUUUUCUUCAAGUACACAGAUCAAAUCGAGUAUUUGAAGAACUUGCAGCUGCAGGAAAAGCACCUGGAGGAGUGCUUGGUGCCGUGGUCACAGCUCGCUGUAACUUCUCCAUUUAUUUAUCUUACUGUCAUUCAAGCCUUUCUUUUCAAGCACACUUUGUCAGAUAUGCAUUUAAGAAUGUUGGGAGCUGGCGAAUUGUACAGUUUGCAAUUGCUCUAUGCAAGAACAUGUCCAAAUUUUUUAAGAUCAGGGCAUGUUUCUGGCUUACCUUCAAGGUUGUUGCCCACCAUUAUAUAAUGCUGCAGCAGCUGUCCCAUGGUGGAGUGCGUGCUGGCUUACCAAAACUGAAUUUGCGCAUCGUGCAUUUCUAAGGCUGAUUGUGAAGUAAAAUUGGGUGUUGCAUAGGAGAGUGCAGGGUGGUGCUUUUGGCAGUGUUUUCGGCAAGAUUAGCUUAGCAGUUUGGGCCUGAUUUUGCUCUUCUCAAGUGCACCUUUGCAAGUUCUAAAACACAUUUCACUGUGUGUCCACCAAGACACUCUUGCACCAGUGCGAGUGGCAGUCCAAGGAGUGCUCUGCUCAAAUGUAUUACACAUUUGCCUCCAACUUGUCUUGCUUUUUUUUAAAAAGAAAGAGACAAAAUGUCUUGGCUAGAUAACCACAUUGACUGAUGCAUUGGAUAGCGAAAAAAUCUUUUAUUUCGUAGAUAAAAAUGUUCUCAUUCAGAAGGAUAAAAACGUACAAAGGAGACUACUCAGGUAAUGUGCUGAUAUCACAAUAUCGCCACAAUUCUUGCUACAAAGUUAAAAUUGAGGACUAGUGCAUGCAAAAGCUUCUGAUAAAACUAUUGUUAUUAACUAUUUCAAUAGCGCAUACCUACUAACGCUCCCAAAUUUUUUGCAACGUGUAGGAAUUUGAGCUCAUUUUAUGAAGAAUAGGUUGUUUGAAAAAAUGUUUGCAAGGUACAGAAGGAUGGUUUGGUGCAAAAUGACAAAAAAAAAAAUGCAUACAAGAAAAAUUGUGAUACUUGUAUCUGCGCUGCCCAUUUUUGGCAGCACUAGUUGCCAUAUACUAGAAGGGUACUUGCUUUGAGCAAGUUUAUUCAGAAAAGUCUGAAGCAGACGAAAUCGGCAACAACAAAUGACUGCGAUCUAAAAAUUGUGUUGGUCAGUCUAAAGGUAAACCAUCAUUAAUAAAAUGUGUAUGUACCCUGCUUAUAUACCCCUCCCCUGCUUGUCAUGGCCACAGAUUUUUUACGAGUUUUAAUGCUCACUGAUGGGCAGGUAUGAUAGUGGGACCCAACAGAACUUUCAGUGCCUCCCCUCCCACCCCCUCAAGAAAGAAAGUCUGUGUAGUUAGUGCUUCCCCACUUUAGCCUCUCGUAAAAAAAAAGUGCAAGUCAACAUGGCGAAGACUCCUAGUGCUACAAGAAAAUUUCAAUUUCUUUCUUUAAAUGCCAAAUUAGUAAAACUGUUCAAACGAGUACAAAUUCACAAAAAAAGCAACUGAAAUUUUUAAAAAGCGCA